AUGAAGUCUUUCGUGUUUGUUGCACUUGCGAUCUUCGGAUCUCUGAUCACAAGCUCUUACUCCCAUAUAAUACCCCCCACUCAGUCGCUCGCUACAUCAAACCUACUACUUAGUCGUGAUACGAAUGGGCUACAGGAAAAUGUUACAUGGGAUAAAUAUUCGAUGUCGGUGAACGGAAAGAGGCUCUAUAUCUAUAGCGGAGAGUUCCACCCAUGGAGACUCCCAGUCAUUGAUCUUUGGCUGGAUAUUCUGCAUAAGUUAAAAGCACUUGGGUACAAUGCCGUCUCGGUAUAUGUUCACUGGGGUCUAGUUGAAGCCGAGCAGGGAGUCUUCAACUUCAAUGGCAUCUUUGACUGGGAGCCAUUUUUCGACGCAAUAAAGAAAGUAGGGCUAUAUGUUAUCGUCCGGCCGGGACCGUACAUCAAUGCCGAAUUGAGUGCCGGUGGCUUUCCAGGCUGGCGCCAGCAUGCCCCGGAGGGAAUCUACUGGCGUGUAAGCAACGAGGCCUAUUACAAGCAAAUAACUCCAUACAUCAAUGAAAUCAGCCGGCGACUUGCGCCACAUCAGAUUACAAACGGGGGACCGAUUAUUUUACUCCAGCUAGAGAACGAACUCUCGGUGGCGGCUGCGCCGGGAUAUGACUGGCCGGCUAAUCAAUAUAUGGGAUAUCUCCGAGAGACCUUCAUCGAGGCCGGUAUCAAUGUUCCUCUCAUUCAUAACGACGUUACUCAUAAUGGUUACUAUGCUAGCUCGGGGGUUAUUGAUAUCUACACCUAUGAUACAUAUCCAAUCACUUGUUCAAACUGGAACGGAGCAUUGAGCCAAGGGGACUGGGACAAGCAUUUGAGCUUUGCUCCAGGACAUCCCCAUUUCCUGGGAGAGAACGGCGGCGGGUUCUAUGCCCAAUGGACGGAUGCCAACAAUAACUGUCCUUCAUUUAUGGAUCCAUUCGUAUUUCGUCUCAUGUAUAAAAACCAAUACUCAAUGUCUGUGACAGCGAUGAACAUUUACAUGAUUUACGGCGGCACAAACUGGGGUCAUCUUUCAUUCCACAGAACCCCCACAACAUAUGACUUCGUAACCGCAAUAUCGGAAGAUCGAUCUAUUGCCAGGGAGAAGUAUUCCGAGAUGAAGCUCCAGGCACAUUUAUUUGCUGUCUCGCCUGCUUUCCUAACCACCAGACUGUUGGUGAAGUCGACGAAUUCUUAUACUAGUAAUACUGAUGUCGUUGUUUCGUGCACAAAGGAUGAAAUUGGUAAUAAGACUGCUUUUUGGACUGUGAGACACUCAAGCCCGUUGUCGCCGAAUAUUUCUCAAUUCAACUUGACGAUUCCUACAAGUAAAGGGGAAAUUACUAUUCCGCAGCUCUCAGGCACUCUCACCCUCCCGGGGAAAGACUCGCGGAUCUAUUUAACAGAUUAUGAAAUUGGGCCGCACAACAUGCUAUACUCCUCUGCCGAGCUUUUCACAUGGCAGAAGGUUGACGAUACUUACGUCGUGGUUCUCUAUGGCUCACCGGGAGAAAUCCAUGAGACUGCAUUCACAUUUUCUGGCAAAGCACCUAAUAUAACUGUUCUACGAGGCAACGCACUUCUCGAUAAGCGGAUAAGUAAUGACACCGCUAUCUUCAACUACAACUCAACCGGACAGUCCGUUGUGUCAAUCGGCCGGGAUAUCAAACUUUACCUCCUCGAUAAGUUUGAAGCGUAUAAAUUCUGGGUUCCGGCGCUCUUAUGCGGUGGGGAGGGAAAUGUCAUCGUCAAAGGGCCCUAUCUUGUUCGUGAUGCCUGCAUCAUUGAUUCAACCCUUCACAUUUCAGGAGACACCAACGCUACCGUUCCAAUAGAGGUGAUUGCGUCCAGAAAGGUCAGCUCAAUUAAAUGGAAUGGCGAAGACAUCAGUACAACUAGAUCGGCCACCGGCACUCUUGUCGGGUUGAUCACAUUUACCAGCCCGGAAAUCAAUAUUCCUAUCCUGAGCGAACUCGAAUGGAAAUCUAUCGACAAUUUGCCGGAAGUCACCUCGGGUUAUGAUGACUCAAAAUGGGCAGACGCAUCAAACACCACAACAGUCAACGGUGUCCGCAACCUAACGACUCCCACGGAUCUUUACUCAGGAACAUACGGGUUUCAUACAGGAUAUAUACUAUACAGGGGCCACUUCACCGCUACCGGGAACGAAACCGAAUUCUACGUUCAAAUGCUAGGUGGAUGGGGAUUCGGAUAUUCAGUCUGGCUCAACGAGAUUUUUAUUGGCUCUAAUCCAGGGUCAGCUUCCAAUCACGGUGGUCAAAGUACAUUCACAUUUAGUCAAUUGGCAGCGGGGACAGAGAAUGUUGUUACAAUUAUCUACCAACAAAUGGGAUACAAUGAGAACGAAUCAGGUGGCAUUACAAAUCCGCGAGGUAUCUGGAACUACAAUUUCGGGAGCGCAACGCCAGCUGUCACUUGGAAGAUCCAAGGAAACCACGGAGGCGAGAAUUACGCGGACAAAGCGCGCGGACCCUACAACGAAGGAGGUACAUAUGCCGAACGAAAAGGCUUUCACCAACCUGGUGUCGAUACGACUUCUUGGCCGACGCUGUCUCCGUUCAAGGGGACGGAAACCGCUGGCGUGCAGUUUUACACUACUGAGUUUGAACUGAAACUGCCUCCUGGUUAUGAUAUCCCCUUGUCAUUCAACCUUACCGCCUCUGCCGACUCCCGUAUUUUGUUUUUUGUGAACGGAUACCAGUUCGGGCGAUACAUUGGGAACUUUGGGCCACAACAUUUAUUCCCUGUACCUGAGGGUAUACUGAAUUAUCAAGGGGAAAAUACAGUUAGCGUGGUGAUCUGGGCUCAGGGCGAGGCGGGUGCGCAUAUAUCGGAGUUCUCCAUUGUGAAAACAGGCGUGUAUCAGACAGGACUUUGGAUGAUUAGGAGCUCUCCCCAGCCAAGAUACCUUGAGAGGGGAGCUUUCUAG